UCCGUCGUUGUUCGGCACUGCCAGGCGGUAAACAUUGCACAGUACCAUUGGCCGUAUCCUGAGGCGGGUCCUUUAGUUUUCGAGUUUGAGUUUUUCCUCGGUCAGUUUAUCGUAUUCAGCUCUGAGAAGUGAGAAAGAUACGCGGCACGCGUUAAGGGGAGACGCGUUUCGUUUCGUUUGUUCUUUCGAUAUCUAAUGUUACUUUGUUAGUUUGUGACUAUUCAAAGGAUGGUGAUACGCAACGUGGGGUACAGCGACUGUGGAAUGGUCUAACAGGAAUUGCACAGAUUGAUACGUAGACGUUCGUAACGAAAUAUGGUGGGUUACUAUCAAAUGGAACCGAUUCCAAAUACGACGAUGUCGAUCAGUAGCGAAAUGACGGCCGUAGAGCCAAUAAACCCGGUGAAAAGUCUGGUGUGUAGUCCAGAUUUAACUGUGUUCUCGGCGCCAACGUGCGGUGCCGAAACUCUAUCGGCAAGUAUCGAAGAAAAGACCUACCGAUGCCUGCUGUGUCAAAAAAGCUUCGAUCAGAAAAGUCUGUAUCAGAGCCAUUUGCGCUCGCACGGUAAGGAAGGCGAAGAUCCUUACCGAUGCAACAUUUGCGGGAAAACUUUCGCGGUACCUGCGCGAUUAACGAGACAUUAUCGUACGCACACGGGCGAGAAACCGUACCAAUGCGAAUAUUGCAGCAAGUCGUUUUCCGUGAAGGAGAACUUGAGCGUGCAUCGUCGGAUUCACACCAAGGAACGACCCUACAAAUGCGACGUGUGCGAACGUGCUUUCGAGCAUAGCGGUAAACUACAUCGGCAUAUGCGAAUUCAUACCGGCGAACGGCCACACAAAUGCACCGUUUGUUCAAAAACGUUCAUACAGAGCGGUCAGCUGGUAAUUCAUAUGCGCACCCACACCGGAGAAAAACCAUACGUCUGCAAAGCCUGCGGCAAGGGAUUCACUUGUUCGAAGCAACUGAAGGUGCAUACGCGCACGCAUACCGGUGAAAAACCAUACACCUGCGACAUCUGCGGCAAAUCGUUCGGUUACAACCACGUGCUGAAGUUACAUCAGGUUAUUUGAUGUUUAUUUUUCUUUAAAUAUUACGUGGACUGGAAAGUAAUGUCGUUUUUGCCAUCUUAAAUACUUGUUUAUCAUUUAUCAGCUCAUUGAUUUUUCUGGCAUUGAAAAUUUGCACAUUAGAUAACAAAAGGCUGCUGACAAUGAGGACGAUUAUAUAAUGAAUUAAAGAUAGAAAUUCAUUGGAAAGUUUGAAUUUAAUGUAAAAGAAGCGACAUUACUUUUCGGUCUACCUAAUAUCUUCCGAUUGCCGACGGUUACAUUUCUAUCGUAUUGGGUUGUCUGGAAAGUCCAUGCCGAUUUUUGAUAGGUAGUGCAGGUCUGAAUAUGUCGAAAUGGCUGAAAACAAAUAACAUAUACGUAUGUAUAUGUACAUCCCUUAAAAGGUGGAAAGUUUGUGGAACCAAAUGGUACCUAUGUAAUACAAUAAAUAUAUGUUACAAUUCAAAUGUGCCUUUGAAGUUUUCUUAAAAAUUGGCACGAACUUUCUGGACAACCUAAUAGCUCUUGAAUACACAAACAAGCAUUCAUUCAGACGUGGGUAAUAUUUGUAGAAUAAAUAUUUUAAAUACUAUUUCAAAUAAUAGAUUCU